CAUCCGAUUGGACGAUCGCUUGCCGUCAAGCGGUUCGUGCGACUCAGGGAUAGGCGCAGACUUCCGAAAGUGCGCCAACUGAGCGCUCAGCAGAAAUUUGUUUGUAUGAGUUACAUGAAAAACACGCUAGAAGUGUAGCAAGAGGACAUGGCUUCAACGAGUAAAGCGCCAUUACAGACAAGAAAUCUGCCGUGGGUUGAGAAGUACAGGCCACAGACGUUGGAUGAUCUCAUCUCUCACCAAGACAUCCUGAGUACAAUUCAGAAGUUCAUUAAUGAGGACCGCUUGCCGCAUCUCCUCUUCUACGGACCCCCGGGAACGGGGAAGACCUCAACUAUUCUCGCUUGUGCCAAGCAGCUGUACAAGGACAAAGAGUUCAAUUCCAUGGUCCUGGAGCUGAACGCAUCGGACGACAGGGGAAUUGACGUCGUCCGAGGGCCCAUCCUGAGCUUCGCCAGCACACGGACGAUUUUCAAGAAAGGCUUCAAGUUGGUUAUAUUAGACGAGGCAGAUGCCAUGACCCAGGAUGCACAGAACGCCCUGAGGAGAGUUAUCGAGAAGUUUACAGAGAACACCAGGUUUUGCCUGAUCUGCAAUUACCUGUCCAAGAUCAUCCCAGCCCUGCAGUCCAGGUGCACGCGCUUCCGCUUCGGCCCGCUGUCCCGGGACCAGAUCGUCCCCAGGCUGGAGUAUGUCACCCAGCAGGAAAACAUUGACAUUAGCCCAGACGGAAUGAAGGCACUGGUUACGUUGUCCUCGGGAGAUAUGCGGAAGGCCUUAAACAUCCUGCAGAGCACCAGCAUGGCAUACGAGAAGGUGACAGAGGACUCAGUGCACACGUGCACAGGCCAUCCGCUGAAGUCGGACAUCGCCAACAUCCUGGACUGGGCCCUGAACAAAGACUUCACGUCGGCCUACAAGCAGAUCCUACAUCUCAAAACCCUCAAAGGCCUGGCAUUGCAGGACAUCCUGACUGAGGUCCAUCUUCUUAUCCACAGAGUGGACUUCCCACCGUCAAUUCGAAUAGGCUUGCUCAUCAAGUUGGCGGACAUUGAGUACCGCUUAGCAUCUGGGACAAGCGAGAAGAUUCAGCUGAGUUCAAUGGUGGCGGCUUUCCAGGCUGUGCGAGACCUGGUGGUCAGCAGCGCUUGAGACAUCUCCCCCCACGUCUUGAGCCGUGGCCCCCCAACCCAAGAGACGGCAACACUUUUGUAGUUAUAAAUGCUUUAAUGAUUUUUGAAAUAAAUAUUUUACACUUGCUUGA